CCCGUGCGCACGGCUUCCGCGAUGCACGCGGUGCCCUUCUAGGUAGGCUGCGCGCCGCUGCCUUCCUAUUGGCCGAGAGGGGCGGCCCGGCCCGGCGUUCUGCUGUUACUAAGGGCGGGAGCCCGGGAGUGGCGCCUGGCGGCCCGUGGUGUCGCUGGCUCGAGGCUGCGCUGGUCCGCCGCCUUCCUGCCCUGCUUGGCCGCCCGCCUCACCGCCCGCCCUCCUGCCAUGCCGAACCGCAGGGCCAGCCGGAACGCCUAUUACUUCUUCGUGCUGGAGAAGAUGCCGGAGCUGCGGCGCAGGGGCCUGCCCGUCACCCGCGUGGCGGAAGCCAUCCCUUUCUGCUCCGCCGACUGGGGGCUCCUGCGGGAAGAGGAGAAAGAGAAAUAUGCAGAAAUGGCUCGGGAGUGGAAAGCAACUCAGGGGAAGGCCCCUUCGCCACCUGGGAAGCAGACACCUGUUCCCACAACACUCUUUGCAUCAGUGAACCAGCCUCCCCCUGUACAGACUCAGAAUGUUUCACUUCCAGAUGUAUCAAGUCUGUCUUUGAAGAGUGAUCAGGCUGUGCUUGGAAGUUUUUUUUACUUUUUGAACAUUUUUAGCCAUGGAGAGCUACCUCCUCACUGUGAACAGCGCUUCCUCCCUUGUGAAAUUGGCUGUAUCAAAUAUUCACUUCAAGAAGGAAUUGUGGCUGAAUUCCACCGAUUUAUAGACCCUGGCGAAGUACCUCGAGGCUUCCGAUUUCAUUGUCAGGCUGCAAGUGAUGCCAGUCACAAGAUUCCCAUUUCAAACUUUCACUCAGGAGAUGACUAUGCAGUUGUGUUACAAAACCUUUAUCGAUUUAUUUCUCCAAACCAAAGCAGCUGGCCACCUGUGUACUGCAAGUCUGAUGAUAGGUACAGAGUUAACUGGUGCCUCAAGCACAUGGCAAAGAAAUUGGAAACCAGACAAGAGCUAGAACUCCUCACUGUAGAGGACCUUGUGGUGGGAAUCUACCAACAAAAGCUUCAUAAGGAGCCGUCUAAAACCUGGGUACGGAGCCUACUGGAUGUGUCCAUGUGGGAUUACUCUAGCAACACAAGGUGCAAGUGGCAUGAAAAAAACGAUAUUCUGUUUUGUGCAUUGGCCGUCUGCAAGAAGAUUGCAUAUUGCAUCAGUAAUUCUUUAGGUACUCUUUUUGGAAUUCCACUCACAGAAGCUCAUGUACCACUCCAAGAUUAUGAAGCCAGUAACAGUGUAAAUCCCAAAAUGGUGGUGCUAGAUGCAGGGCGUUUCCAGAAACUAAGAGUUGAUAGUCCUCCUUUUUCAAACUCUUCCCUUCAGGAACAAAGAUCCAAUACAUCUACUUGUGACUAUCCAUCUGGGGUGAAAACAACUGGCAAAACAAGCAAUGUUCGGGGAAGAGGCAUCACCCGUCUGCUGGAGAGCAUAUCCAAUUCCUCCAGCAACUUCCAGAAACUCCCAAAUUGUGAGACUCCACUCUCUCCUUAUGUGCCCCAAAAGGAUGAGUGCAAAUCUUUCUCCUCCUUAUCCUAAAAAUGGGACCUUUUUUUCAGUUUCUGCAAGAAGCAGCAGGCCCUAAGCCCCUUCCAUAAUCAGUACUCUUGAGCAAACAAAUCUUCCCAUUGAUUUUUCCUCCCACUGGAGAAACUUUAAUUUGGAAAGAAAUCCUGUUCAUAAAUUAAAGCUUGUUUGUAGUUUGGGAAGGAAUUGGCAGCUUUGUUUGUUUUAUUAUUAUUAUUACUAGAGCAUUUUGUUUUUCUGAAUGUAUAGUGUGAAUAGUAUUAAAGUUUGAAGUGGCCUAUAAAAACAAAUGCCCACACAAGCCAGGCCCAAUGGUUUAAGAAGAAAGGAGGUAGACUUGGGGGCAACUUUAUAAGCAUGCUUUUGCCUGUACUGCUAGAAUAAAUAGAUGCCUAUCUCUUCUCCUGGACGGGAAAA